ACUGCCACAGUCCACAGCAGCAGGAGAAGCAGCAGAAGCCCCCGCUCACUCUCUCCUCUGCUCGCUACAUCAUGAGCGCCCGAGUCGCCCCCUGACCACCCACAUCGCCCCCUGCCAGGGACUACCCCCCAGGCUCACCCCAGGAGGCACAGGGGGUUCUGAGCUGAGAUUCCCGGACCAGCCUGUACCCCCCUGCCAGCUGCGCCCCCCUGCCAGCGACCACCCCCCAAGCUCACCCCAGGAGGCACAGGGGGUUCCCGGACCAGCCUGUACCCCCCCUGCCAGCUGCGCCCCUCCCAUGCGCUGGUGCAGAUUGUUCCUCAGAGGUAAACCCAGGAAGUUUGUCCUGAGCCUCCUGCGGGAAGUCAGCAGCCUUCUGCACACACAGGUCCCGAUUUGCAGCCUGUCGGACCUGAUGCUCUGCGGGAUGGGCGCCUGCAGCAGGAAGGCUCUGACACUACUCAGCAGCGUGUUCGCCGUCUGCAGCCUGGGGCUUCUGGGGGUCGCUGUCAGCACCGAUUACUGGCUCUACCUGGAGGAGGGGAUCAUCCUGCCGCAAAACCAGAGCACCGAGAUCAAAAUGUCCCUCCAUUCCGGACUGUGGAGGGUCUGCUUCCUGGCAGGUGAAGAACAAGGGCGAUGCUUCACCAUCGAGUAUGUGAUGCCCAUGAACGUCCAGAUGACAUCAGAGUCCACCAUCAGCGUGCUGAAAAUGAUCCGGUCAGCCACUCCCUUCCCAUUGGUCAGCCUCUUCUUUAUGUUUAUCGGAUUUAUACUCAACAACGUCGGGCACAUCCGGCCCCACCGGACCAUCCUGGCCUUCGUGUCGGGGAUCUUCUUCAUCCUGUCUGGACUGUCCCUGGUGGUCGGCCUGGUCCUCUACAUAUCCAGCAUUAACGAUGAGAUCCUGAAUCGUACAAAAGACUCCGAGACCUACUUCAGUUACAAGUACGGAUGGUCCUUUGCGUUUGCCGCUAUAUCCUUCCUCCUCACAGAGAGCGCUGGAGUAAUGUCUGUGUACCUCUUCAUGAAAAGAUACACGGCCGAGGAUGCCUACAGACCACAUCCAGGCUUCUACAGGCCACGGCUAAGCAACUGUUCUGACUAUUCUGGCCAGUUCCUCCACCCCGAGGCUUGGGUAAGGGGUCGAAGUCCUUCUGAUAUCUCCAGUGAGGCCUCUUUGCAGAUGAACUCCAAUUACCCCGCCCUCCUCAAAUGCCCCGACUACGACCAGAUGUCCUCGUCUCCUUGUUGAAAACGGGACCGUGGGCCAAACCCCGAGGCUGUAUCGGUGUUCUGCAGGCCGCGCCGACCCUCCAAACAUGUCCUCUAGUCCACUCAUCGUUUUCCUUAUUGCUAAAGAGACAAUUGAU